AAAAAAGUGAUUGAAAGAGAUUUGUACAAACAAAAACAAAAAAAGUGUUUGGAAGGAAGAGGGAGGAAACGAAUGGAUUGAAUUGUGGCGGCGAGGAAAGCAUAGCAUAGCAUAGCAAAUCAUGGCGUCAAUUUCCACACUUCACUUUCGCCCUUGUUUCCCCAAUUUCAUCACUACCAGAAGCGCUAAAAGAAUCUCCAUUCAUCAUCGCUUCCGUAUCACAAAUCGAAUCUCCACACAACAAUUCAAACAACAAUGCAUCACUUCCAUUUCCAAUAUUCAUCAUCAACUUGUUACUUCAAUCCCAAUGCCACAAUUUCUGCUGAAGAAUCAAAACAACAUUAGGAGCAAUUUACCAAUUUGGGUCUGCGUUGCGGUUGUGGUUCUGUUUGCGUCUUUGAGGGCCCUUUCCAUUUCCAGGAAAAAAGAACGCCCUGGUUCCGUAGCUGAUCUUGUUAGACGCGGUCAAUUGAGAUCCGAUAGAAGAGGCAUAUCAAGGAAUCUUAAAUAUGAAGAUCCGUUCGAUAAUCCCUUGGUCAAGGUUAACAAAAACAAGUCAAGUGUAGAGAUGUGUGGAAAGGUUUACCGCUUAGCCCCUGUUACACUAACUCAAGAGGAACAGACAGUUCACCAGAGAAGGAGAUCACGUGCAUAUCAGUGGAAGCGUCCCACAAUUUUCCUUAAGGAAGGUGACUCGGUUCCUCCGGAUGUUGAUCCCGAUACAAUCAGGUGGAUUCCUGCAAAUCAUCCCUUUGCAACUACUUCUACUGAGAUCGGUGAGGACUUUGCACACAAAAAUGUCAGGCAAAAGCAUGGAGUUCCUUUCCGUAUUCAAGCUGAGCAUGAAGCCCUGCAGAGAAAGCUUGAAGCCCUACAAAGUGAAGAGGAACUCAAUAAAGCAGUGAUAAAUCCUACCAUUGCUAAAGAAUUUGAGAGACCAUUAAACUCCAAUGCCAGAUUAAAUGAUCAUGCAGAGAAGAGCUCUUCAAACAAUCAGCAGAAAGAUCCCCUCUCCUCUAAAUUAGAUAAUGGCCCAAAUCACUUUGAAAGUGCAUCAUCAUCAUCAUCAUCAUCAUCAUCAGGCGAAGAUGAAAAUCUUAAACUUUGAUUUUUCUCUUAGGCAGGCUAUAAAUGUCAGUAAGAGUAUAAAUAUAGAUUUCAAUUUGCUAAAAAAUUUUGUACCAUUAUUUGGGAACAUUACAACUGUCUAAUUGUAUAGCUGUGGACUGUAAAUAUAAUUUUAUUGUUGCUUGGCAA